AUGCCCCCGGAGGUUCCGGGAUCGAGACCUGUCAGGGUCGAAAAUCCUUCCGAUGGUGGAAGAACCUUACAGCUAACUCCUGACCGCCUGCUUCUGCCAGGUUCGGUGGCAUCACGGGCCACAGCCACCAACACCUCCACCACCACCAAGACCGGUAGCGGUGAUGUCCCGGUUGGCGCCGCCGCGGUGCCGAACACCUCCUUGCCAAUUGCGGAGACGGUGCUGCUGGAGGUCGGCGGCAUGAAGUGCGGGGGUUGCUCCGCUGCUGUCAAGCGCAUGCUGAUGACCCGGCCGGAGGUGGAGGGGGCGGCAGUGAACCUGCUCACGGAGACGGCGGCGGUGAAGGUCAGGGGUUCUGCUGCGGAGCUGGGUCCCUCCCUGGCGUCCUUUAUAACGGCGCGGGGCUUCCCCUCGCGGCUUCGGAGCGGCGCCGGUGACGACGGAGAGGGAGAGGAUGGGAACCCCUUGAGCGCCGCCGCCACUGACGAAGCGGAUCGGAAGCGACAGGCCGAGGCCCGGCGCAGUCUGAUGGAUCUGGGUAUCGCCUGGCUGCUGGUGGGCGCGUGUUGCGCGCAUCAUGCAGGCCACCUGCUGCAUGCACUGGGCUACCAUGAGGUGGCGCAUGCCCCCCUGCUGGCGGCACUGGCCGACCCGCGGGUCAGCGGGGCACUGGGGGCCUUUGCGCUGCUGGGUCCUGGAAGGAGACUUCUCAUUAGCGGCUUCCGGGCCUUAUGGUCCGGUAACCCCAAUAUGGAGAGCCUGGUGGCGGUGGGCUCCACCGCCUCCUUCGCGGUGGGGCUGGCGGCCGCAGCGGGGAGCAUGUUGAGGCAUGUGGUCACCCCGGCAGUGGCAGGGGCAGGUGGAGUAGGAGUAGGAGGAGUAGGGGGAGCUGCGGCUGCCGCUUCUCCUGCGCUGUUGGCUCUGAGUCAGGGUGUGGGGGCCCUGGAUGCGUCCUUCCUGGAGGAGCCGGUGAUGCUGUUGGCGUUCGUGUUGCUGGGGAGGGCGCUGGAGGCCCGGGCGAAGGUCCAAGCCGCGGCCGACCUGCGCUCCCUAGCUCGCCUCAUACCCGCCACUGCCCGGCUAGUGCUGGAUCCAGGUGCCGUACCAACAGGGGGUACGGCAGGUGGCGGUACGGCAGUGGAGUACGUGGAGGUUCCCACCCGGAAUAUCAGGGCGGGGGAUAUACUGCGGGUUUUGCCAGGUGAGAAGGUUCCGGUGGACGGUGUGGUGCUGGAGGGGGAGUGCUGCUGCGACGAGUCGCUGCUCACAGGGGAGUCAGCGCUGGUCAACAAAGGACCGGGAAACAGGCUGGUGGGCGGUACGGUGGCGUACGAAGGUGCCGUACGGAUGCGGGCUACGGCAACGGGGGCAAAAUCCACCCUGGCAGGCAUUGCUCGGCUGGUUUCUGACGCCCAAGCUCGGGAGGCUCCCGUACAGCGGCUGGCGGAUGCAGUGGCGGGGAGGUUCUGCUACGGCGUCAUGGCGGCGGCCGCCGCCACGUUUGUGUUUUGGAUAACUGCGGGCCCCGCCCUUUUCCCCGGAGUGGUCGGGGAUCCGGAGCUGGCGGGAAGCGGUUGGGCAGCGGUUGAGGCGUCGUACCACAGCCACGGUGUCGGCGGCUGGGGCGGCGGCGCCGCCGCGGCGGCGUACGACGACGACGCGCUCCUGUCGUCAUCGGCGCCGCCGCUGCUGCUGCUGGCGUUACGACUUGCAGUUGAUGUGUUGGUAGUGGCAUGCCCGUGUGCUCUGGGGUUGGCCACCCCCACUGCCGUACUCGUGGCGUCGUCCCUGGGGGCUCGGAAGGGCCUGUUGGUUCGUGGAGGUGACGUACUUGAGCGGUUGGCGGCCGUUGACACUGUCGUACUUGAUAAAACGGGCACACUAACCGAAGGCAAGCUCCGAGUACUAGGAGUGCAGGUGGCCGCAUUGCCGGCGCUGGUAGAUGUGUUUCAGACUGAGCGGGAGAAGGAAAGCGCAACAACAACAACAACAGCAGCCAGCAGCAGCGGUGGCUGUGGCGAGGAAGAGGCAGUGCUGCGCCUGGCCGCGGCGGUGGAGGCCGCAACGCGCCAUCCACUUGCGGAUGCCGUACUGGCGGAGGCGCGGAGGCGCGGCCUGGGGACGCCGCCGAUGGUGGAGGCGGCGGCGACGGCGGCGGGACGCGGCGUACGUGCGAGGGUGGAUGGGCGGUGGGUGGCGGUGGGCCGUCGUGAAUGGGUGCUCGAGGCCGUCAGCGGCGGUCGGGCCGACGCCGCAGCGGCGGCGGCGGAGCCGACGCUGACGGCACCGCCGCCGGAGGCAGCGGCGGCCGGUGCUACCUCCGUCUGGGUGGCGUUGGAGGGUCGAGGUGUCGUGGGUCGCAUUUGGCUGCGAGAUACGUUGCGGCCUGAUGCCGUGUCGACGGUGGCGGCGUUGACGGCGGCGGGCAAACGCGUGUACGUCAUGUCUGGCGACGACCCCGUGACAGUUGCGGCGGUGGCGGCGGCGGCGGGUGUGGCGCCGGCGGCGGCGGCGGGGGCCCUGUCACCGGAACAGAAGCUGGAGGCGGUCGGGCGGUUGCAGGCGGAGGGGCGGGUUGUCGCGAUGGUGGGCGACGGCAUCAACGACGCUCCGGCGCUCGCGGCUUCAGAUGUGGGGGUGGCGCUCAAGGGCGGUCUGGAUGCGGCUGGAGAGGCCAGCGGGGUCGUGCUGAUGGGGGACAAGCUGAGUCAGAUCCUGGAUGCCCUGGAACUUGGAUCCGCAACUUUGAACAAGAUCCGUCAGAACCUGGCCUGGGCGCUGCUGUACAACGUGGUGGGGAUUCCGCUGGCAGCAGGAGCGCUACUGCCGUCUUUUGGGUUAUCCCUGAACCCCUCUGCUGCCGCCGCCAUGAUGGCGUUCAGCUCUCUGGCUGUAGUCAGUAACAGCCUGCUGCUGCGGUCCGGGAGGACGGUGGCGGCGGAGCAGUCGCCAUCUCCAUCGGCGACGGCGGCGGCUUCGCUUGUCAAAUGA